AUGGCUACAAGUUCUUUUUUGUCUUUUAUUAGUAGAUGGCUCACCUUCAGCUCUUCUUCUAAGGCAUAUGUCCAAGUUGAUGGGUUGGCUAGCUACUAUACUGCUCACACGCCUUCUGCUUGUUAUGGGUAUGAGGACCAUGGUGUAAUGAUAGCAGCAGCAAGUGAAGCUAUUUUCAACAAUGGUGCAGCUUGUGGGCAAUAUUAUCAAGUGACUUGCAAAAGUGGGACAAAUGCUGGGACCCCAUUCCCUUGUUGGGGUAGUGGGGCUGUGGUGGUGAAGAUUGUAGACCGUUGCCCUGAUGGGUGUAGGAGUACCAUUGACUUGUCACAAGAAGCUUUUGCCUCCAUUGCAGAUCCUAAUUCUGGUGUUAUAAACAUCUCUUACCAACAGCAUAUCUUUUUCGAUUGCAUUUUUCACGGUCUAAAAGAUGCUUCAAGAAUACGAAGUUCUUAA